UACAGGGCCUAUACCAAUCUCUCGCCCAAGACCCGGCUGGGCGUCGGCGUCGCCAUCAUCGCCUGGGGCUGCGCAGGGCUGUAUGUCUCUGAUAAAGCCGAGGAGAAGCUUGGAUUCACUCCAACCGAGGAGGACAAGGCUGAGCUGCGCAACAUGGCGCCCAAAAUCACAACCGUGGACAAGAGUCAG